AUGCGACAUUACACUACAUUCCUAGCAAUAACAUCUCUACUGUCAAUCAUUGGCGUGACAGAAGCAGCGACAGCAGAUCAAUGGAAAGGUAAAUCAAUAUACCAAUUGUUCACAGAUAGAUUCGCACCUCCUUCAGCUACUGCUCCAGCUAGAACAUCACCUCUGCCCGAAACUUGCGACCCCAUACAACAAACAUGGUGUGGUGGAACAUGGCUUUCCAUCAUCGACAAAUUGGAUUACAUACAAGGAAUGGGUUUCGAUGCCAUUUGGAUAUCACCCGUUUCCCAAAACAUCGAUGUAUAUACGCCUUAUAAUUACGCGUAUCACGGAUACUGGGUUAAUGACCCAUUGACACUGAAUCCUCGAUUCGGUUCUCCAGACGACCUGAAAGCUUUGUCAGCUGCUUUGCACGCUCGAGGAAUGUAUUUGAUGGUAGACGUGGUAGUCAACAACGUUCCAAGUCUAAACGCCUACGAUGCCGUCAACUCGACAGCAUUGAAAUUAGACGGAUCAAGAUGGACAGAUCCAGCAGAAUUUCACCCACAAUGUUGGAUCGAUUACACCAAUCAAACUUCAAUCGAAAAUUGUUGGUUGGGAGAUUCCAAAGUAGCUCUGAUGGACGUCAACACUGAAAAUCCAACAGUCGUGUCAACUCUGAACAGCUGGAUCGGAAAUCUUACUUCCACAUACGGCAUUGACGGCCUCCGUAUCGAUGCAGCUAAACAUGUUCCUGGACCGUUUUGGACGAAUUUCUGUGCUGCAGGAGGUGUUUUCUGUAUAGGAGAAGUGUAUGGAUCAGAUAUUGGAUUCGCAGCUUCUUUCCAAACUCAAAAAUGGAUGGACUCGGUUCUUGGUUAUCCACUGUAUUAUGGAAUAGUGAAUGGUUUCGGGACUGUCUCUGGAAACAUGUCGAAUUUCGUCGAUGUUGCACAACAAGUACUAGCAUCUUUCCCUCAACCUGGAUUAUUAGGAAAUUUCAUUGAAAACCAUGAUUUACCAAGAUGGAGAAAUACAACUGCCGAUUCUCAAUUAGCAUACAACGCAAUGGUAGCUCAAUUCAUCUUUGAUGGUUUACCAGUCGUCUACUAUGGCCAAGAACAAGAUUUCUCACAUGGUGCUGGAGAUCCUUAUAAUAGAGCUGCACUCUGGCCAUCAAAUUAUGCCAACACAACAACUUAUCAACAUAUCAGAAAGUUGAAUGAGAUUCGUCAUGCUGUCAUUACGAAUGGAACUUUAUUUAAUGGAAAGAAUUUCUUGGAUUCACAAACUACAAUCGUAGCUUCAACGAAAAAUGAUGUCGCUUUCAGAAAAGGUCCUUUACUUGCUGUUUUGACCAACCGGGGAAGUCCUAGUGUACCUCAAGCAUUCGGCGUACCAACAAGUGGUUGGUCUUCACAAUCAGCUGUUAUCGACCUUCUCUCAUGUAAGCAAUACUCUGUCGGUUCUGGAGGUGCUAUUUCAGUCUCAUACGCCGCCGCAGGAUUCGGUGGUAUGCCUUACGUAUUUGUCUCUCAAGCGGACGCAGCUGCACUCAAAAUAUGUGGAGAUGUCGGUGUCGCAACUUAUGUUUCACAUAAUGAAACUUCAACUUCAUCAGCACCUUCAUCUGUGUCGAUACAAGCUUCAAAAGAGUUUAUAUCGGUACUGGCGGCUGGAGUAGUAGGGUUAGCAGUUGCUUUAUCACUGGUAUAA